AUGUGGCGUCGUGGUCUCCUCUCCAGCGUGGCAUCGGGCCGCUUGCUUUCGCGUGGACGUCUCUCCCCGACGAAUUUGACUCUCGCGCGAUCCAUCGCCAGCACGGUCCCACUGCAGUACGGGAAGGCGCGCGCCAUCGAGCUCAAAUAUCACGAUGGGACGUGCACAUUGGCAGUUCCGCUUCCUCUCAGCGGAUUCGACGAAGAGCGCGUCUUCAGCAUUCCUCCAGAGACCACUGUGGCGGACAUCAUCGCUCAGAUUGAAGCCGAGGACAAGUCCGUGCAGAGUGUAUCUAUUCGUUCCGCUCGAGGAGAGGAGUUCCAGCCUGAAGAUACGCUGCAAAAGGUGCUAACAGACGACUUUGAGCUCCUGCUGAACGACCAAGUGCUUCCAGUGCGAGCACCAGUAUUCACGGGCAGCGCGUACCGGAGUCUGGCAGAUGACGGCGACCUGGACGUGCGCUCUGUCGCGCAGAAGGCUGCCAUUAUCAUGCUACGCAGCGACCUGGAACGACUUGGUAAGUGGAAGAUCAGCCACCCAGAGUUCAUGCACAUGUGUCAAGAGAGAGGCAUCCCCAAGAAACAAGCACCCGAAGUUCUGCAAGCUUUCCACCAGACUGGUGUGGUCUUUUACUUUGGCAAGUCGGACGACGAAGACUUGACACACUCAGUGUUCUUACAGCCACGCAGUAUCCUCGACUCGUACUUGGAGUCGAUUGGACUGUCGCCGCUGUCAUCGCAACUCUUUCAGCAGCAGCGGGAGACACUUCUUGCCAAAAUACAGGCACUAGAACCAGAGCAUGUGGCGCUAGUGAACCUACGCCAUGAACUGGAGGCAACUGCGACGCGACAAGCCAACGUGAUUGCCUACGGACUGUCCACUUCGCUUGUUGGAGCCUUCGGUCUCUACUUCUGGCUGUCCUUUAUCCACUUUUCGUGGGAUAUCAUGGAACCAGUGACAUACUUCACGGGCUUCGGCGUCUCCAUUAUCGGAUACGCCUGGUGGAGUCUCACAAACCAGGAAUACGAGUACGAGAACAUCUACCACUACGUCUACACUCGACGCCUUCGAAAGCAGAUGGCCAAGUCGAAGUUUGACCAGGAGCGCUUUGACGCUCUCACGGAUGAGCUGCGGGAGGCAAGGGAGCAGCUAGCGCAGAUGGACUUGGUGCUCAGCAAGUCGACGCCGCUGCAGUCCAACUAUCUGCAUCUGCUGGACACUACUCGUCAGCUUAAGCCGCCGGUGCUUGCCGUUCCACACUCUCCGACUAAGGACGAAGACGUACCAAUGUCUGCAUAGACCUCUCAGCGUCAAGCGCAAGGGUACGAAAUUAAGAUUGUUGUUUUAAACAUUA